AUGAAGAGAUUCCAGAAACGAGUGCCAGUCAAAGUUGUGAACAACAAGUCUGGGGAAGGCAAGUCUCAGGCAUCCAAGGAGUACGGGACAGACAAAAACUUGAGAAUCGGCACGCGCCAGUUUGCACACAACCACGUCACAGACUCGGUUGUCGAUGUAUUGGAUAUUGACAGUGGCAAAGCCUACAAGGAGCUUUUGGACUUCGGCUUUAUUCAUAUCCCAGAUGAUUGUCCGGAUUGCAAACAUUUUGUGAGUGGGCCCGUGACUUUCUCCUCCUGUCCAGGUAAGCUAUACUUUCGUUGCCAGUGGAAGCAAUGUGGUAAGAGACUCAACGUGACUGACUUUUCGGUGUUCAGAGGAAUCGGACUUUCACUCGUGGCUCUACGCAGGGUCGUCACCUUCUACUGUCGGAGCAAUGCUCUGAAAGCCCCUCUGAUUUCCGAUGCGCAAGCUCAGCUGGAGAUCUCUCGCAAGCCGGUGAAACAUGUCUACAAUGCUCUGUUGGCACAGGAGGCCAAAGCUGGAGAGAGACACGCAUGA